GAGUUGCAGGGAACAAGAGAAGCAAGCAUCAAAUCCUCAGCUCUCACAUUUCCCAUUAAUUAUUCUGUGAACAGGGUUAGGAGGAAUUCAAGUCUCUCCAAUCAAUUGUGUUUUGUUCUGUGAUUAGUCGCAAUAAGGGACAAUAAUUUCAAUAAACUUUUAGAAAGAAAAAACAACUCUCCUUUUUUGUAUAGGAAGGAGAAGCAUGCAUUUAAUUACCAAUUUAGAAAUCUUUUGUUGGUGGAUCAUCUCCGAAAACAUCAGCUCUUAGAUUCGUUACAGCAACAUUUCAAUAACACGUAGUUGGUUGGUUGGUUGGUCUUCAUAGAUUCCGUGUUAGAUAUUUUUUAGGACUUUAACUAGUUAGGAAACCAUGACAUUGGCUUCCCCAAAAGGUUCUAGUAAAAUGACUGCCUUACCUCGUAGCCUUUCCUCCAUUGUGGCUUCAGUCGUAGUACUAGCAACAUUCUUGAUUUUUGCCUCUUUGCUUCUGGUUUCAUUACCCUUUGGUUCAGCUGUUAGAGGAUAUUUCUAUGGUGUCGAUAGGAAAAUAACUUUGCAUGAUUCUACCUUUGAUCAAAGUUCUGAUAAGGAUGUAAAUUACACUCAUCAGAACUCACCAUCUGGGUCAAAUUUAGAAAUGCCCAUAAUGAGUUCAAAUACUUCAGCUGUUGAUAAAACAUCCAUAAGAUCUUCCACUGAUAAGGAUUUGCUACCAACUGAGUCUAAUAAGGAACUGCCCUCUAGUCCUAAAGAUUUGGUUGAUUCAAAAAUUAACAAGAUGUCGAAGAAACCUGUAGAGAUUCCAGGCUCAUCAUCUAGAGUAACAGAAAAGGUGGUGGUCACUUCCAGUUUUGCAUCUAGCAAUGCAUCUAUGAGCAAUUCAGCUGAUUCAGGCUGUGACCUGUACCAAGGAAAUUGGUUCUAUGAUCCACAAGGACCAUCAUACACCAACAACUCUUGUCCAGUCAUAACACAGAUGCAGAAUUGCCAGGGUAAUGGGAGGCCUGACAAGGAAUAUGAGAAUUGGCGUUGGAAACCCUCUAAAUGUGACCUCCCCAGAUUUGAUGCCAAGAAGUUUUUAGAGUUGAUGAGAGGAAAGACACUUGCUUUCAUCGGUGAUUCUGUUGCUCGAAAUCAGAUGGAAUCACUGUUGUGUCUUCUCUGGCAGGUUGAAGUUCCGAAAAAUCGAGGAAACCGAAAAAUGCAUCGAUAUUAUUUCAGAUCAUCAUCUGUAAUGAUUGUUCGGAUAUGGUCAUCUUGGCUUGUCCGUCACACUACUGAAAAGUUUGACUUUGCCUCAGAGGGUGUUACCAAGUUGCAUCUUGAUGUUCCUGAUGAUGGCUUCAUGGAAUUCAUCCCACAGUUUGAUGUGAUUGUUCUUUCCUCUGGUCACUGGUUCGCCAAACAGUCUGUCUAUAUCCUGAACAACGAGAUUGUAGGAGGACAAUUAUGGUGGCCGGAUCAUUCUCGACCUAUGAAGGUCAAUAAUGUCAACGCAUUUGGAAUAUCUACAGAUACAACUCUGUCUGCACUUGUUACACAUCCUAAUUACACUGGUCUGGCCAUUGUACGUUCCUUUUCUCCGGAUCAUUACGAAGGCGGAGCUUGGAAUACAGGUGGAUCAUGCACUGGAAAAGUGAAGCCGCUUGCAACUGGUGAAUUAGUAGAGAAUGGGUUCACAAACGUGAUGCACAAGCAACAGGUGAUGGGUUUCGACCGUGCUUUGAAGAAGGCAACAAAGAAGUCCAAGUUGAGGUUGAUGGAUAUUACUGAAGUUUUCGGAUACCGGCAUGACGCUCAUCCAGGUCCCUACCGUAGUCGUGAUCCGAAUAAGAUAACAAAACGUGGGGCCGAUGGGAAGCCUCCACCGCAAGAUUGCUUGCACUGGUGCAUGCCGGGUGCGGUUGAUACCUGGAACGAAUUUGUGCUUGAAAUUAUAAGAAGAGAAUUUGAGGGCAACCAAGACUUCUCGUCAUGAGGAUUACAUGACACGAUUGUGCUUUUCUGUAAUAUAAUUAUUGAGACAGUAAUAUAUUGAGUGGAGUGAGGGCUAAGCUAGUCCGUUUGUUUAUUGUAAGUGAAAUAAUUAACGUAUAAAUUUAAGAUUUAUUUGAUGUCA